UGAAUAAGUAUCAUUCUCCACCAGUAUGCCGCAGCUUGUGUAUGGCAUACGGCUUUGGCGUGUGAACCUUGUCUUCAAACUUGUAAAUCAAGUCGUCUAAAGCUUCAUGCGUAAUCACGAUAUUUCUCCUACUUAUUCUUCGUGAAAAGCCGCGUGUUUUCGUUUUAUUCUUUCUAUCUCCAUCCAUCUUCAUACCCAGGAUACUCCAGGGUCUUUCUUUUUUUUGCAGCUAGAUUUUCAGUCAUUGUUCAUAUAUCUAUUUACAUUUCCUGCAUAAUAAUAUUGGGGCCGGCAUCCAUUUUCUUUCUCACUUCAUUAUUUUCAGCGAUCUUCAUCUCUCUUGUGGUCUGGUUCAUCUCAAGCGACAGCAAUAGUCUUUCAUUCAAACAAGCCGACCUACCCUUCUUUUCACAGUACAACCACCUGGUGUGGCGCUAUCAAUCAUUCAAGAUGCCUUCAAUACUUCAAGCCUUUUAUGCCCUUGCCCUUCUCAACUUAGUACUCGCCGCACCGCAUCCAGCGCAAAAGCGAAGCUUCAAAGUCGAACGAGUUGCGAAUCCUAAUUAUGUCGGCCGAACACCUGGUGCCGGUACCAGGGCUCUCAUCAAGGCAUACAACAAGCAUUCCAUGACUCUUCCAAGCUCAUUGGUCGAAGCCUUGAACUCUGAUACCAACCCUGCCUUCCCAGAAGGAAACUCCAAAGCCGCAACUGGAAGCACAACCGCGGUAGCCGCGGCGGCAAGUGGUAGCGGGACCGCAGGAAAUACUGGUGUUGUCGUUGCUAUGCCAGAGACCGGAGAUACUGAAUACUUGUCGCAAAUCAAUAUUGGUGGACAAACCAUGACUAUGGACUUCGACAGUGGAUCAUCUGAUCUUUGGGUCUUUAGUACUCAACUUGCAACCGCUUCUCAAUCUGGUCACCAAAACUUUGAUCCCUCCAAAUCGAAAAGCUUCAAGAUGAUGCAAGGUGCUACUUGGUCUAUCUCAUAUGGUGACGGAUCCGGAGCUGCUGGUAACGUUGGUACUGACACUGUCAACAUUGGAGGAGCAACCGUCACUGGACAAGCAAUCGAAAUGGCCACUGCCGUCUCCAAAUCAUUCGUCUCCGAUACUCAGUCUAACGGACUUGUCGGUCUUGCAUUUUCCAAACUCAACACUGUCAAGCCUGCUCAACAAAAGACCUUCUUCGACAAUGCCAUCUCACAAGGUCUCGCCAUGCCACUUUUCACUGCCGAUCUCCGCAAAGCCUCUGCUGGAUCCUACGAAUUCGGAAACAUUGAUUCUACCAAGUUCAAUGGAUCGCUCAGCUGGGCUGCUGUCAACACUACUCAAGGAUUCUGGCAAUUUAGCUCGACCAAAUUCAGCGUUGGUGGUGGUGCCGCGACUGCCGUACCAAAUGGACAAGCUAUUGCUGACACCGGAACCACUCUUAUGUUGGCCGACCCCAACAUCGUCAAUGGUUACUAUAGCAAGGUUCAAGGUGCUGUCAACGACCAAAGUGUCGGCGGUGUUACAUUCCCUUGCGCAGCCAAAUUGCCAGAUUUGGCAGUUGAUGUUGGAGGAAAUUAUAUGGCUAUUGUCCGUGGUGAUGAUAUCAACUAUGCUCCUAUUGAUAGCACUGGUAAAAGUAAGUUACGCCUUGAAUCCGCUUCCCUAUUGAACAAUAUGCUAACAGUCAUUCUUCACAGCCUGUUUCGGAGGUCUUCAAGCCACCACCUCCAACCUCCAAAUUUACGGUGACAUCAUGUUCAAGUCUCAAUUCGUCGUCUUCAACGGGGGCAACAAUACCCUUGGAAUGGCUCCUCAUCAAGGCUAGAUUCCUUUCCUUGUUCUUUUUAGAUAAUCAAUCUUGGUAUAUGUUGAGAUAGCAUAAUAGAGGCACAUCGAUGCCGAGCUACUGUUUCGGGUGUUGGGUGUUGGGUGUUGGGUGUUGGGAGAUGGAAGAUGGGAGAAGACGGAAUUGGUUAGAAUGGACUAUAUAUAGACAAGGCGCUGUCUAGGAGGACAAUUUACGUGAAAAAGUUGGAGAUGUCUGGAACAAUCAAUAUUCACUAAGCUAAGGAUAAGACUGAAUGAAUAUAUGAUUUCGUGUUUUGUACCUAUAUAAUAAUUGUCUGGAUUUUCGAAGUUUGACCAUGCAUCUAAA